AUUACUGAUUCAAGGUUUGGCGGCAAUAUUUCAUGCACUUCUAAUGACCUUGAUGAUGAUCGAUCAGGUGAAGCAGUGUGUUUUGUUUGAGAUGACUACUGAACUCAAACCAACCUAUUCCUCUGUCUCUUAAAACAUCUUUCUCAUAGUGGACUUUUUCCACGCCCGACACGUACAGAUUCCCUUCUCUCGUAAAAACAGGUCAGCUACUCCUCAGCUUUCUACACAUUCGAAAGUGUAUGUAUAAAUUUAUAUAUACUUAGUGGAGAUGGAAAUCUGGCAAGAUUUUUCGUUGGGUUUUAAGGGGAUACUUUUAUAAAUUCAGAUUCUUGAUUAUCGGUUGUUUGUUUUUUUUUCUUAGAAAAAAAAUGAAAAAGUAAUUCAGAGUUGAGGAAGAGCAUGGUUUUGUCUAGGCGGGUUGGUGGUUAGGGUUAUAGGUAAUUAGACAAGUAACGAUCGCCGUAGUUUUGUUUGUAUACUGGAGAUUCUCAAGAGCCAGAAAUAGACACGUAGAGACGAGUUUUAAUAGACUUUAUGUCUGGAACGCCUCUCUUUCUCUUUCAAGACUCAUCUCAAGACCAGCAUGCACGAAACCCAAGUAAACACAGGUUAAUUUCAGUUCAAUAUCAGAUUAACGGAGAAGGGUUCUACAAAUCAGCAUCGGAAGGAAGAGGCAGCUUCAAUAGAUAGUGUGAUGCAGCAAGAUAGAGGAGGAAGAGGGAGUGAAAAAGGCAUGAAGCAGCAAGAUCAGAGAUUGACGGCAGAGAAUCAGCAUCAGCAGAACCCACCUCAAAAGUGCCCUCGUUGCGACUCUCUUAAUACAAAGUUUUGUUAUUACAACAAUUACAGUCUCUCCCAGCCUCGUUAUUUCUGCAAGGCUUGUCGAAGGUAUUGGACCCAAGGUGGAACACUAAGGAACGUGCCUGUAGGAGGUGGUUGCAGGAAAGGGAAGCGAACAAAGGUUUCUUCUCCCGGUGAAAACUCAAGGUCUCAUCCACAGAUACCUCAGCAACACAACAUGGCAUCACCACAAAGUAUCAUCUCUUCUAGUCCUGUGAUCAGUGCAGGUGCUGCUCUGAGUACCAAGGAAACCAGUAGUUUGGCUUCAUCGUCUGCUAUUUCUUCAGUGGGAUCAUUUUACCCUGGUGCUGGAUUCUUGUCUCCUUUGGCUGCAAUUCAGUCGAUGAACCAACCACAUCCACAACCUUUUAAUCAAGCUCUAAGCAUUGGUGGUGACCUGGGUGGUUCUUCAAAUUUGGGUCUUUUACAGGGAUAUGGUGUCCCUUCUUUCGGGUCACAACAUCAUCAGUCAGUUCAGCAAACCCAAUUCUUUGCUAUGGGCGAUAGAGAUCAAAAGACUGUAAACAUGUUCCCAUCUGAUCAAGAAAGGUUGAUUCAGUCAAGCAGGCCUGCUGCAGGUAAGUCAUCUCAGCAGAAUUGGCAUCAAAGUUUCAUCAACAACCAUAACCCUACAGUUUCUGAAGCGGCUUUGUGGACUAUCAACAACAGCAACAGCAGCACAAGCAGCCCUGGGAACUCAAACACGAGCAAAACUACGGGUGCUUCUUUGAAUCCAAAUCAAUGGCCUGAUCUUCCAGAUUAUGGCGCUCCUCCAAAAUGAUCUUUAGUCAGCCAUUGUUGUAAACGUCCAAAGGUAGACAGCUUAAAAUCUCUAAAAUGGAAAUUCAUUAUUUUUAGCCUUCUCUAUACAGAAAGCCAUCGAACUUUCAGCCUCACAUGAAGAAAAUUGCAUCUUUUAUUGUCUGUCCAGCUGCUGUCGUUGGGUUGGUUUUAAUCUGGUUCAAC